ACCUCUGACUCUUGGAAAGUGCCAUGGAAUCUUUAAUGGACAUCGUCGGUCAGAACCUCCGUUUGACAUCCUCACACAAAAAGCCGCACCUCCAGAAAAGAUGCCCUGAUCACCAAGGACUUGUUUUAAUGGAUAUGUCCCAGAAGGAUCCCUGCCAGAAACAAGCCUGUGAAAUACAGAAAUGCUUGCAAGCCAACAACUACAUGGAGUCUAAGUGUGAGGCUGUCAUCCAAGAGUUGCGUAGGUGCUGUGCUCAGUACCCCAAAGGGAGAUCUGUUGUCUGUUCAGGAUUUGAGAAGGAAGAUGAAGAAAGGCAGAAGCUUAAAUCUGCAUCACAGUGAAUUUCUGCUCCAUGUUUUUCAUCCAGGAGAUUUUAUUUGGUCUCCUAAACAGGUUAUAUCUCAGGUAGUCAACAAAAGCCAAAUGGAAAUUUACCUAUAGGUUUACUUAUGAAUAGGCAAAAGAAUAGAAAGAUAGAAACAAAUCUAGCUUGAAACAAUUUAUUAAAAGAGAAAAAUGUCUUUGUUUCACUGUUAACUUUAAAAAAAAAUGGCCUGUUUAAAAUAAACAUGUUUUCAAUGCA